UUCUUCGCUCGAUCCCGUGAACACAAAAAUGACACGAUAUUCAUUCUUACUGGUGUCGUUACAGAUCGCUCGUAAGCACCAUGAAACAGUCUGGGUACACUCCAACGUGAACGACGUUUUCCAAUUGGCCAUAGACUUCGGAUACGCAGACCGGAUCUGUCACCAACCCCAAUUGGAGCACUAACCGGAUCUAGUCCAUCCGAUGGAUCAUGCGCCGCAUUCAAAUCGAAGGUGCUGUCGGAAUGAAAAGUGUGACGAUGCUCGUCUUCCGAUCCCACGACUCAAUCCCAUACCAUGACGUCCGACCUACCAAAUAUCAGGUUACAGACAGUCUGUCUGUUUCUCGUCGCCGGCUUUUUUAUCUACAAGAUUUCGACGAAUCGUGGUAGAUACAGCGUUACGACGAAACUGCGGGGACCUUCAGGUCAAAACUGGCUUUUCGGUCUUACUCGUGUUAUCCAUGAAGCCGAGGAUUCAGGUCUCUUGUACGAGCAAUGGGCAUCGGAGUACGGGUCUGUCUUUAGUUUCCCUGGGUUUUGGGGACAGCAACAGCUGGUUCUUUGCGAUCCGAAAGCCUGUGGCACACCUCUACGCAAAUGAGGGUUUUGGAUACAUCAAGACGGACUUGACUCGCAACUUCAUCGAAAUUAUGUUCGGGAAAAAUUUGUUAUGGGCAGAGGGAGAACUUCAUCGAAGGCACCGAUCGCUCACUUUCACGUCACACAACUGUGCACUGACCGGAAAACAUACAGGCAACGGCAAAUUUCUCACACCGGCCUUUAGCAACAAGGCUAUACGUGAUCUGACCCAUGUUUUCUACGACUCGGCUCACAGGACGUCUUCUGCUUGGGAUGCUAUUCUCGAAGCAAGCGACGGGACCUCCACGAUCGAUGUGCAGAACUGGAUGAACCGCAUCUCGAUGGACAGCAUCGGUGGCGCCGCCUUCUUUGCUUUCACGAUCAUCACGGGUAUGGUCUUCCCUGCCGUUCUUCGGUUGCCUUCGAAGAGGAAAGAGGCUUUAAUUGAUAUGAACCGUGUAUUCUCUGGUGUGGCCGACCAGCUCUUGUCAAAGGCCAAGGAGCAUGGGAACGAGGAGGAUAAAUCUGUAAUGGGUCUGCUUCUCAAAUCAGAGACGCAUGAUGCAGACGUUCACAUGUCUAGGGAAGAGAUCAUUGCACAGAACAUGUUGCUGAUAGCAGGCUAUGAAACGACAAGUAUCAGUCUCACGUGGGCCCUCAUCGAAAUGUGCAAGAACGUAGACAUCCAGAACAAGCUCCGCGCAGAACUGGUGCAAUUCGGCAACACCGACCCGACAUGGGAGCAACUCAACUCGAGUCUUCCGUAUCUUGACGCAGUCAUACACGAAACCCUACGAUUGCACCCACCCGUAUCAGAGGCAAUAAGAGUGGCAGCGGAAGACGACGUCCUUCCUCUCACUACACCAGUGGUGACCAAAUCCGGAGAGACCGUUAACAGUCUCUUAGUGGCCAAAGGAACGGUCUUCACCGUUCCCAUUCAAACACUGAACAUAUCCGAGGAAUUCUGGGGCCCUGAUGCAAAGGAGUUCAGACCGGAGAGGUGGCUAGAGGACUUUACACCGCGAGCGAAAGAGAUCCAGGGUCAUCGACACCUGUUGACGUUCGUGGAUGGACCUAAGACUUGUCUUGGGAAGACGUUCGCUUUGACUGAGUUCAAGGCGGCGCUCUUUGUUAUUGUACGGAAUUUUGCGCUCGAAUUUCCCGGUGGAAGUGAUACCGCCAUCGGCAAGUAUACCGGGAGCGUUUUGCCUCGACCAAAAGUCGUUGGCGAAGAGGGCGCAAAGGUUCCAUUGAGGGUGAAGCGUAUGAUGUGACACCCGAUCUCGCGAAGAUAUGGGCACAGUCUAAGAAAUAAAUGAAUAGCCUAUACAUUUUAUUCUGCUCCUGUUUCUGACGUCCAGUCGUCUCUGAGAUACCUCGGAAAAAAGAGCACCCCAUCGAGUCUUCGGAGUUGGAACAAAUCAUCGCAAGAUAUAUUUCGAAGCUGCUUGCUUGCUUGCUGGGGGUUCUGAUUUAUUAUGCGUGGCUUGUUCGACCUCUCCCGUCUUGCACGUUUCCGUGAGAACAGACGCUUCUGCGUCGACAUGCCUUCAAUAGACUGUCUCCACGGACGUGA